CUGUGUGUUCCCUGGAGCCAGACGAGGCAAUAAUGUGCUCAGUCUCCAGCCAGUCUGUCAGAGGAGCAGCACGCGCUUCACAUUGACCUUGAAAGCCUGAAGCCAAACACACACGCGCGGGACAUCUGACAUUAGGGUUGAGUUUCUGACGUCAGCAUAACUGUCACACCGGGGUAGACGCGGUCCGCGAAACUAAUUUGAAAUCUCUUGCGACCAUGAUGACAGCCUAUAGCAUAGGGCGAACGCGCAGACUGCUCCCGAAAAACAAACGGAGGCAGAGCGCUCGAGCAAGCUGGUGAGCUGGGUUGGCCGCUCAUUUUCUCCGCUGCAGAGGACAGCACGAGAUGAGCGCGGUUCCUUAACAGAAAUGGCAUUACAUCACUGGGGUGUCUUUUUUUGAGGCACAUGCUGACGACCUCACAUGCGAAGCUAUUUGCACGCGCAACUCCAGCUGUUCCACCGAUCUGAACUGAUGAGGGGCGCGAUCGCCACGUGACUAAGCUCGCGCCAAUGUCCUUCUCCGACACAGUCAGCAUGAUGGCCGCGGCUGCAGCGGAUGCUUCUCUCGCGCUCCGCAUCCCAAGCCGCUGCCUGCUGCCUCUGCUGCUCGUGUUCGCCUCACCAUUGCCCACGCGGAGCCGGGCGCUGCUGGGCUUUCGUCCCGAGGACACAGGAGCGGAGCUGUCCGUGCAGGACGGGGUGCUGAAGGCGACGGAGGGCACGAGAUUCAUGCUGCGCGUGUACUAUGCCGCAACUCCGCAGAGGCUCAACCGGAGCGUCAGUGGCAGGGCUGACGCUGCUGCCGCGCCCUGGAUCGCUUUCAUCGAGGAGUCGCAGCCCGGCCGAAAGGGGCAGUUGCACCCGAACCCGUGCGUGGAGGAGAGCGCGCGCAGCUCGGACAUCGAGCUGCUGGGCUCGUUCCGCUCCGCGUCCAGCCACAACUCCAUCCUCGUCGAUCUAUUCGCGAAGGAGUUGCGUCGCGGCGAGAAGCUCAAGUUCUACUCCAUGUGUGCCUUCGACGGCGUCAAGUGGGAGCACUUUCGGACGCGGGACUUUUGGGUGGCGGUGGUGGAGCGGCCGCCGCAACCAGACGCGUGGCUGCAGGUGACGCUGUCGGUGCUGCUGCUGGGGCUGUCCACGCUCUUCAGCGGACUCAACAUCAGCAUGCUCGCGCUGGACCCGGUGGAGCUGCGCGUGCUGAUGAGCAGCGGCACCGAAAAUGAGCAGAAGUACGCCAAGAAGAUCGAGUCGGUGCGCAAGCACGGGAACUAUGUGCUCUGCACGCUCGUGCUGGCCAACGUCCUCGCCAACACUUAUCUAGUUAUCUGGAUGUGCCAAAUCUUGGGCAUAACGCUCGUCUCCAUAACGACGUGCACCUUCGCCAUCUUUUUCGUGGGUGAGAUUUUACCCCACUCGGUGGCCUCGCGGCACGGGCUGGCCAUCGCCUCCAAAACCAUCUGGCUCACGAGGCUGCUCAUGCUUGUGUCGUUCCCCAUCACGUACCCCAUCAGCAAGCUGCUGGACAACAUGCUUCACCAGGAGAUCAGCAACUUCUACACGCGCGAAAAGUUACUGGCGAUGUUGCGCGUGACGGACCCCUACCACGACCUCGUCAAAGAGGAGCUGAACAUUAUCCAGGGCGCGCUCGAGCUCCGCACCAAAACCGUGGAGGAUGUUCUCACACCGUUGAACGACUGCUUCAUGCUCUCGUCGGACGCGCUGCUUGACUUCUACACCAUGACCGAUAUCAUGCAGAGCGGCUUUACGCGCAUCCCGGUUUACGAGAACGAGCGCUCCAACAUCGUGGACAUUCUGUUCGUGAAGGAUCUGGCUUUCGUGGAUCCCGACGACUGCACGCGUCUGAAAACCAUCACGCAGUUCUAUAAGCACCCCCUUCACUGCGUGUUCAACGACACCAAACUAGACUCCAUGCUGGAACAGUUUAAGAAAGGUAAGUCUCAUCUGGCGAUCGUGCAUCGUGUGAAUAAUGAGGGCGAGGGCGACCCCUUCUACGAGGUCAUGGGCAUCGUCACUCUGGAGGACGUCAUCGAGGAGAUCAUCAAAUCAGAGAUCGUGGACGAGACGGACCUCUACACGGAUAACCGCACUAAGAGACGUGUGUCCCAUCAUGAGAGGAAGCUGCAGGACUUCUCCCUGUUCAAACUGUCCGAGAGCGACACGAAGGUCAAGAUCUCACCACAGCUGCUAUUGGCUACCCACCGCUUCCUGGCCACAGAGGUGGAGCCCUUCAGGUCAUCUCACCUGUCGGAGAAGAUCCUGCUGCGUCUGCUCAAGCACCCCAGUGUCAUGCAGGAACUCAAGUUCGAUGAUCGCAACAAACGCUCCCCACAUCAUUUCCUGUUCAUGCGCAACAAGCCUGUGGACUACUUCAUCCUGAUCCUACAGGGACGGGUAGAAGUAGAGGUUGGGAAGGAGGGCUUGCGCUUUGAGAACGGAGCCUUCACCUACUACGGACUUCCUGCCAUCACCUCUCUGCUGUCAGCAGUCCACAGGUCCCCCUCUCGGAGUAGUGGUCUGAACCGUUCAGACUCGACUCUGCACGCGUGCAGUUUGGGACAACUCAGUACAGGGGGAGGAGCUUAUCUACCAGACUACUCUGUUAGACAACUCACCAAUCUCCAGGUUGUCAAGGUCACUCGUGGGCACUACCAGAACGCCAUGACGGCCAUGCGCAUGGACAGCUCACCCCAGACACCGGACGCAGAGACGCAGGGCGGUCACCCAUCCGUGCCCGAGACGCGCUCACACAGCAUCGCGCUGCCGCUCACACACACACGGCCGCACCACACACACCUCAACACCGCCACACACUCCCCUCAGCAGCAGGACAGCGACAGCACCAGCAGCCUCAAUGAGAGGAACCGCAUCGUCCGGAGUAAAUCAGACGGGCAGAGGAGUCCCAGUGAUUCUGUGUUUCUGCGGAUGGAGGAAAUCCCCUACAGCAGCCGAGAUAACACACACCAUCACACACACGCCACAGGCAACGGGAAGAGAAGACUGUCUGGUGCUGAAGAAACAGAGGCGGCUAGCAUCACCUAGCAACGCCUAGCAACACCUAGCAACGCCUAGCAACACCUAGCAACGCCAGGAGUGUUGAGUGUGGAGAGGGAAUACACACCUCUCUACUCUCAUCUGUUACACUCACACACACACACACACACACACACACACAGAGACACACACACACAAACACACACACAC